CACAUAAACAAACUUUUCAAUUGGUUGCGUUGAAUCGUUUCGCUAAAAGGAAAUUACUCUCGAAAGGGUUAUCAGAUAACGCCAUUGGUGUAGUUUUCAGUCAACGCAGAACGUGUUAGUAAUUUAGUUUGCUUGUUGUUUCAUGCUGCCAGCAUAACGUGAGAGGCCUCUGAGGAUUACGAACUCAUUUGCUAACUAGUUGAGCACCAAUCUGUAGAGGAUUUGCUGUACAAUUGGCAUCGUUGAUAGUGUUGUUUACAUUUCACUUCAUUUCUACCUCUACCGCUACGUUAUCAAUAUCAUCAAAACAAAAUGAGUGAGUUAACUACCAAGUACAACAUAAUCGAUGAAAAACCUCCGUUCAACGCGCCCCUCAAGGCCCAGUACAAACUAGGAUUUGGUUACUACACCAUGCGCGAACGAUUACCCGUUAUACUAACCCAGGUGAUUGAUCAGCUAUCAAAGGACAAGGAACAGAUAGCUGAAAAUUUUGGUGGCGAAACGACCCGGGACGAGCUAAAGGCGGCAAUCGGUGAAAUAUCCAAGCUGAAAUACGAACUGCAGACGGAUAAAGAUUUCCGGCCAAUACGCACCGACGUCGGCGACGAGACGGUAUGGAACCGAUUCAUCGACGGGCUAGGGCAAGACAAUUCCUAUUUCUCUGCCUGUUGGUUGUACGCGGAAACGUAUAUGUAUCGUCGUUUGAACAACAUUUUUGAAAACACAACCACUAUUCGAAAGCUGGACUAUUUCCAGCAGCAGAAGCAUAAGGCGUUGACCAACUCGUACGAUGCCAUGGUGGCGGUGCUACGUUCGAUUGAGGCGUUUAACAAUGAGCCGAGAAAAGAAGAAGAAAUCGGAUCCUUCUUCCAAAAGCUUUUAAAACUAAAUCUUUGGGGCAAUCGAUGCGAUCUCUCAAUCAGCGCCGGGCAGGAUGUGAAGCAAGAUGGUGACCCGUUCAGCCUUCUUGAGUCUCUUGACCAGUGCAUCGUAAGCGAUCAUACGCAAGACAUUUGGCACUGUCUAUCUACAGCUUCGCCGAAUGAAAACGAAGCAUCCCAGGUAGUGGAAAUUAUUAAUGACAAUUCCGGCUACGAACUGUUCACGGACCUCUGCCUUGCCGACUACAUAGUGCGCCACAGGUUGGCGCCGAAGGUUUGUUUCAACGUGAAGGCCAUUCCGUGGUACAUAUCCGAUGUUACGCCAAAAGACAUGCACUGGACGCUGGACACCCUGGCGAACCAUGAGGCGGAGCCAUUACUGGCCCAGUUCGGGGCACGACUUAAGCAACACUUCGAAACCGGUGCCUUUGAGAUGCGUGAGGUGGACAAUUUUUGGACCUCACCGUACGAAUUCUAUCGCAUGCGCGACAUCGCACCGGCGCUGUACGAUACACUGUCCCAGGCAAAACUUCUCAUAUUCAAGGGUGACCUGAACUAUCGAAAGCUGCUAGGCGACUUCAAUUUCCCUUAUACGACUCCAUUCGUCGAGGCAUUGCGGGGAUUUGUACCGACUAACUUGUGCACGCUACGCACCGUUAAGGCGGACCUCAUAUGUGGCCUACCUGAAGGACUGGCGCAGGAAUUGGAUAAGAAAGACGCUUCUUGGAUGGUCACUGGAGAGUAUGGUGUGAUACAAUUUGCAGGCAAAUAGAAAACUGCGUUCUAACAUGGUUUAAAAACUUUUGUGUACUAAUAUAUUUACUCGUUGUUACGAUUCAGUUUUUUUGACUAGGUUUUAAACGGGAAUAAACUAUCAUUUUGUUAUCUGAAA